ACUCAGAGCUGGACUCUCUCUCUCUCUCUCUCUCUCUCUCUCUCUCUCUCUCAACCUACUUGUACAGAUAAAGCAAGCAAACAGCAACCAAAGCCUCCAACAUCACUUUUUCAACAAGAAAGAUUCAUGGGUUUUUGACAUUUAGUGGGGUGUGGUGUGGUGUGGUGGAAAUUGGCUUAAGGUCCCACAUGCUAAAGCAGAAAGUGUUAGAAUUCAACAAACUACACCACCCUAGUGGGCCUUCAAUUCCCUCCCCACCCUCCCUCUCUCUCUCUUCAGGGCUGGUCUUUUUGUAUGGUGGUUCUCGAGGGAGAGAACAUGUAGAUUCCUAGAAGUUUACUCUCUUUCUUAGCCUGGAUUUGCCUAGGAUUCAAAUAUUUUGCAGGAUUGGUUGCUGCUACAAAUGAUGGCGAGUAUGCCUUCUUACGUCAUGUAAUUCUGUUCUAUUGAUUAAGCAUACCUGAGAAUCGGGUGAUGUAUCUGUUCUCGGAUUCAUCAGAUUCUAUUGUUUCUGCAGAUUCUUGAAGGCUGCUAUUGAAAAAUAUUUCAAAAGAUGGGUUGGCUAAAAAAAAUUUUCAAAGGCUCUAGCUAUAAAGGGCAUUACCAUGAGAAGUAUGGAGAAGAUAGACACUGGGAUGAGCCUCGCCGUUCAGUGGAUGAUUUAUCAGAUUUUGAUAGAGAAGAGAUUGACUGUGCUAUUGCACUUUCUCUUUCAGAAGUAGAUAAAAAAGGAAAGAAGGUUAUUGAGGAAGAAGAUGAUAGUUCCUGCCAUUCAGAUGAAGAUGAAAAGCGUGCAAGAGCUGAGGAAGAUGAAAGGCGGGCAAGAGCAGAAGAAGAUGAAAGGAGGGCGAGAGCUGAGGAAGAUGACAGGCGUGUGAGAGCUGAGGAAGAUGAAAAGCGUUUGAGAGCUCAACUGGAGGAAGAUGAACAACUCGCUAAAGCUCUUCAAGAUUCAAUUGUGGAGUCACCUCCUCGACAUGAUUUUGGAAAUACAUUUUCACCUUUUCCAUUUCUCUUUUCAUCUGGUCACAGGAUUUGUGCUGGGUGCAAUGCUGAAAUUGGUCAUGGAAGAUUUCUUAGUUGCAUGGGUGCUGUUUGGCAUCCUGAAUGUUUCCGUUGCAAUGCUUGCAAUCAGCCAAUUACUGAUUAUGAGUUUUCUAUGUCCGGGAAUCGUCCUUACCACAAAUCAUGCUAUAAGGAACGUCAUCAUCCAAGAUGUGAUGUCUGCAACAACUAUAUCCCAACAAAUUCAUCUGGUCUCAUCGAGUAUAGGGCACAUCCUUUCUGGCUACAAAAAUAUUGCCCUUCACAUGAGCACGAUGGAACUCCUCGGUGCUGCAGUUGUGAAAGAAUGGAGUCCAGAGACACAAGAUAUCUAUCCCUUGAUGAUGGUCGAAAGCUAUGUCUUGAGUGCCUUGACUCUGCAAUAAUGGAUACUCAUGAAUGCCAACCUCUUUACUUUGAGAUACGAGAAUUUUAUGAAGGUUUGAAUAUGAAGGUGCAACAGGAAAUUCCUUUACUUUUGGUCGAGAGACAAGCUUUGAAUGAGGCUAUGGAGGGAGAAAAGAAUGGUCAUCAUCACUUACCUGAGACGAGAGGACUGUGCUUAUCAGAAGAGCACAUUAUCACCACUGUUUCAAGGAGGCCUAGGAUUGGAGCAGGCUAUCGGUUUAUAGACCUAAUAACUGAGCCUUAUAGGCUAAACCGUGAGUGUGAAGUGACUGCAAUCCUCAUUUUGUAUGGCCUUCCCAGGUUGCUGACAGGUUCAAUCCUGGCUCAUGAGAUGAUGCAUGCGUGGCUUCGGCUUAAAGGUUAUCCAAGCCUACGUCCAGAGGUUGAAGAAGGUAUAUGCCAAGUGCUGGCACAUAUGUGGUUGGAUUCUGAAAUCUACUCUAGUUCUGGAAGCGAUGGUGCUUCAUCAUCGUCAGCAGGUUCAUCGUCAUCAUCACCAUCAUCAUCAUCACCUUCUUCUGCAUCAUCAAAGAAGGGAAAGAGGUCCGACUUCGAGAAGAAACUUGGUGAAUAUUUUAAGCACCAGAUCGAGUCAGAUACAUCAUCAGCCUAUGGAGAGGGAUUCAGGCUGGGUAACAAGGCAGUGGGGAAAUAUGGCCUCUGGAGUACCCUUGAACAUAUUCGGUUGACCGGAACCUUUCCUGUCUGAUUUACUGAUUGGUAAAAACUACAACAAUAAUGAGUCUCUCUCCUUACAAAUACUCGAAUACUUUCAUUUAGUUCAUAGGAUCAAAACAUAAAAAAUGAAUACCUCUGGGAGACUGGAUUGUCAAUGAAAAUUCUCUUACCUGUAUGAAGUUGUAGUAAUGUUGCCUUAAAGUUGGUAUAACACUGCAUGUUAUGACAAGAUAUAGACUCUACAUAAUAUAGUGGAAUAUGUUUUUCAUCUUACAA